AUGGCGCUGGUCGCCGUGGUGGCGUCACAAAGGAUCACCCAGCAAACAUGCGACAGACGACAGAGAUUUGGGACAGUAAGGGGAGACGCCGAUGUCCUGUUGGCGGGAGUUUUUCCCAUCAGGACUUCCGGUCAAGACGAGUAUGGCUGCGGUGAUGUAGGAACAGAGAUGUACAGAAUAACGGCGUACGAAGCAGCCCGCUACGCUGUGGAGAGGAUUAAUGAUGUCAACUUUAUCCCGGGUGUCACGCUGGGUCUGAAAGCCUACGACUCCUGCUCUAGCCCUCACGUGGCCGUGGCCGGAAUGGACGAAUUCUUCCAGGAGUCCCGCGGCUGGCAAUGUCAGGCAAACGCAUCGCAACUAGCUUUAGGAGCUAUAGGUGGAUACUUCAGUGACGUCACAGCCGAGAUGGCUAAGUAUUUGGGGUACUCCAGUAUUCCACAGGUGGCAUACGCCUCAAACGACGCCAAACUCAGUGACAAACUGGUCUAUCCCAACUUAGUGCGGACUGGAGCACCGGUGUCAGAACUAGUGGAGGCGAUGUUAAUGACGUUAGUGAAUCUGAAAUGGACGCACAUUGGAGUAAUUUAUGGUGAUGAUGAGCUUGGAAGAAAUGUUGCUUCACUUCUCAAGAAAAACGGAGGUAUUGUGGGAAUUUGCGUAGCAGAACAAGCCCGUGCUGCCCAUGACAACGCCAAUCAGGACAGUCUAAACAGUGAGCUCCGGCGAUUGGUCAAUUCCAACGUCAGGGCGAUUGUUCUGGCAGUAGCGGAACCGGAAGUAUCCCAGGUUCUUCAAGUCUUGGAUAUCAUCCUGCCUGGUGACAGCGAUCUCCAGAUUAUUUCCCCAUACCAGAUCAGCGGAAACUCCCGAUUAUUACCAGGCACCAUAUCGGUUUUCCGACAGGAGAGCGCUGUGGCGGAGUUUAUUGAUCACUUGGCCAGGAUUGAUCCACAACGCCCGCCUCCGGCAAACCCUUGGUUCCAGGAGUGGUACAUGGGAAGAUUCCGCUGUCGUCUGCCUGGCAACGCGAACCCUCAAUUUAGCUUCCUACGCUUAUGUAACCAGCUCAACGAAGCGCAGAGACGUGACGCCUACAUCGCCGAUCUGGACCAUUCCGUCUACCGCGAGGCCAUCCAGUCCGUCUACGCCUUCGCCGCCGCCCUGCAAAAGGCCAGAAGCGAUCGGUGUCGAGGGAGACCUAGUGGACCAUGCCCAGAACUGUCGAAUAUGUCGCACGAAAACUUCCUCAAAAAUUAUCUCCGGAGCCUGAACUACAGAAUGACAGCUGGGGAUGGCAUACCUGGCAUAGCAGGCUCCGUCAUAGCCUUCGAUGGAAACGGUGACAACCGUGAAAGUCACAGUUUUGCCAUUUACAACUACAACAGGAGGCAAGGACAACUGUCUCACAAGCAGGUGGGAACCUUCUCACGAGGUCGACUUGAGCUGGAUAGGUCGAAAAUUGAAGUGUACGACAGGGCUGGUUUCAGACCAUUGAGUGCCGUCCCGCAGCUAGGAUGCUCGCGAAACCAGUGCCGUCAGUGCUUGACAUCCGGUCAUCUCCAGUACUGGUACACUCCUGGAGACGUCAUCAUCGUUGGCCUGACUAGCCUUCACGAUGCAGGCUCAGAUCCCGGCACCUGUGGGACCCUCGUUGCGACGAACUCCUUCCGCGCCAUAGCGUUUCAGCAGUCGGUGGCUGCCCAGAACGCCGACAACUCUCCGCUUAGGGUGGGUAGUCUGCUCGUAGAUGUAUGCAGGAGCGAAGCCAGGGUAACGGAUUUCUUAAACCGUUUCUACUCUGGAGGUUUGCAGCUUCGGGAUGGGUCAAACAAAGUCAUAGACUCCAACCGAGUUGUUGGUACCGUGGACAUGCUGGAAGACAACAUGGCUAAGACAGUGGCGCAAUACUCGACUCUGAUCAAAACUCCUGUGGUGGGCACGGUCGCUGCGGAUAAAAGUCUCAGUGACCAUACAGCUUAUCCUUACUACGCCCAAAGAGUACCCACGGACGACAAAGAAGCGGAAGCGAUCACAAAUUUCCUCCAGGCCAUGAACUGGACUUUUGUCCAAGUUAUACACAGCGGGGACACCUAUGGGCGCUCCAAAGUGACCGCUUUCACCGAGGCUGCGGAUGCAGCGUCUAUCUGCAUUGCUCAGUCUCUGGAAAUCGGGGUGGACGGAGAUGCGUCAGAAAUUCUAUCAAAGCUGAAGCAAAUCGCCGGUGUUAAAGUCACUGUUGUAUUUGGCCGUGCUGACACUACGGAACCAGUACUGCGGCUCAUCGGAGCUACCUCCGCUAAGGGGGACUUCGUUGUCAUAACGACGGAAUCGGAAGAAGGAACGAGCAACCAAGUUUUCCCUUCCCAGGAAGGUACCUUUUUCAAAGUGAGGAUGAGCGAUUCCGCCAACCUGGAAUACGAGAGAUAUCUACGACAGCUAAACCCACAGCGGACCGAAAAUCGCUUUGUCAUCGAGCUGUACCAGCGGACGUUUCAGUGUCAAGUUGGUUCUCUGAAUCAGCCCUGCAACAGCAGCCAGUCCCUCACAGACUCCAGUCUGUAUGGUGACACCGCCAAGGCUGCCUCACAGGUUGUAACAAGGGCCGUAACUCUAAUGGGAAACAAUGUGAAGAAGGCCUACAAUGAAAUUUGCCAAAACUGUGGAAGCGCACUUGACACAAUAAAACUUCGACAACGAUUACAAGAAAACUUGGCAACAGAAGAAGCCAAAACCAAGGAAGGCGUAAUCCAGAUUCUUGGAUACAAAAUCAAACCAGGCGAAAACUUUACUAAGAUUGCAGAAUAUUCCCACCGGAGGUUUCGAAUGGAACCUAUUCUUCCCAGUUGGAACAUACAAAAGAACGCUUAUUCCUGCCAAGGAUUCUGUGGUCAAUGCUCUUACUUGGUCAACCGCCAUCCUCACAUCUACAAGGAAGGAGAUGUUAUGCUGGGGGCUCUAAUCGGAAUCAUGGGUACCAACGGGAAUCCCUUUGCCUGCGAUAAUCAGAAAUUGGAAAAUGGCUACCAGCACGCUGUUGCCGUGUUGUACGCUCUUCGUCAGGUUAAUUCUGGGGAAGCCCCAGUCCCUUUGAACAACGUCACGUUGGGAAGCUUGGUCCUGGACGACUGCAAUAGUGACCAAAGAGCGUUGGGUCUAGUUAACGAAAUCUAUGCCGGUGCGAAUCCGCUUCAGGGAGAUCUCUACGUCGACAUGGCGCCGUUCCGCGGUUGGCUCAGUCACUCGCAAUCUGACGUAUUCAACGUGGCGUCCAACCUGCAGUCAUUUGGAACACCGGUGGUCGCAUCUGAGGCCUCGUCCAUUGGGGAAACGGAGAUUUCGCGCUCUAGGAUGAUGUACUCUACUGCAGCCAUUUUCAACCAGAAGGCGAUGACGAUCAUUCGAAUGGUGAAGUCCCGUGGGUACAAGUACUUUCAAGCUCUGUACUCUCCCGAGUCCGGCGGUAGCGAGAAAUUGGACAUCCUGAGAAAGGUUGCCGCAGAGGAGGGCCUGUGUCUCGUUAAAGCCGUGAAACUUUCGGAUGAUGCCACCCUGAAUCUACGGAUGCUCACCGGUGACUUAGCAAAGGCCGUGGUUGUCAUCGCUGACAGUUUGAGGUACGCCGAGAGGUUACAAAAAGCCUCGUCUGCUGUCUCUGCCUCUGAUAGCCUCCUCUUUUUCACCAUAGAACCCAUGAGAUUCAACAACAAGCCCAUCGCCAAGAACGUUCUCAGCGUAAGACAGCAGGUAUCCGAGCUUCGCGAUUUUCGGAAGUUCUUGUCGACCAGGUCCCUGGAAAGCGACGGCUUCUACAGCUUUUAUUAUCAGUCGGUUUUUCAGUGCGAUUUAGCCGGAUCAACAAAGUACAACAAAUCUUGCGCCGUGGAAGUUAACCGUUCUUUGCCCGAAGACAGUACGGUGCAGAACACGAUUCACGGUGUGUACGCCUUAGCCGCCGCCGUGCACAAAACCCUGCAGGAUAAAUGUGGCGUUGACUAUAAUGGCCGCUGCGCCGAGUUCCGAGCAUCACGUGACACCAAUCAGCAAAUCUCGCAGAAUCUCGCCCAAGUCUCGUUUAAUACUCCUGGUGGUGGGAAGUUUGGUUUCACCGGAAGACGGGUCAACCAGAACUUUGAUAUCGUAAUAGAAGAACCUGGCAGAUCCGUAAAGGUGGGCUCAGAUUACAACGGGCGGCUUGUGAUAAGCAGGUCAGACCUACUGGAUAGGUUCUCCACCAUCAAGUCAACCUGUAAUCAACCAUGUCUCACCUGUACACCACAAGGCUUCUUUGAUCACAUUCCUGGAGAUGUCUAUAUCGCAGGUAUUUUCAACAUCCACUACAAGUCUGUUGAGCCAUUCCGCUGCGGGAGGAUCAAGACGAUAUUCGGCUAUCAGAGCAUAGAGGCAUUCAAAUACGCCUUAGACAAGGUGAACCGCAAACACGGACAGUUUAGGGACAUCCUGAACGGCGUGACUCUUGGAGGUCUUGGCCUGGACUCGUGUGACUCCGCCGUGAGAACAACCUACCUGGCUGCCAACAUCCACAAUGGCGAAACCGUGAUCAGCAAAAACGGCACCGACAUUUCCCCCGCUGAUAUCAUAGGGUACGUUGCCGCCCGGGAAAGCGACCAGUCCCGCUUUCUAGCGCGAGUUCUCAAGAGCCUGGACGUACCGCAAAUCAGCUACGGUUCCACCAGCAUUGAACUCACGGAUCAAUUCCGGUACCCCAUGUUUGCCAGGACAGUCCCCAUAGAUGACGAGCAAUCCGAUGCCAUCUUGGCCUUCCUGGACAGCUACGAUUUGAGAUAUGUUCAGGUACUACGAUCGCCGACGAGUUAUGGUGAGCUGAGCUCACAGGCUUUUCUGGAGAAGGCAGCAGCAAAACGCGUCUGUGUUUCGCACACAGUGACCUUCAGAGAUAAGGGCGUUGUGACAAAGGAAAGUGCUACGGAAGCCGUGGCGAAUCUUUUAGAGAACCCCACAUCGAAUGUUGUCAUUGUAUUUGCUGACAUAGGGUAUAUUAACGAGUUCUUACGGGGUAUCAAGCGGACCCCAGAUGCUAGAGGGAAGUUUCUCUUCAUUGGUACGGUUUCCUGGAAUAGAAAUGAAGUGCUGCUCGAAGGAGUAGAAGAUGUCGCCUACGGGUCCGUCAUCAUCAACGUGGAGAAAGUCGACAUUCCCCUCUUUGAUAGAUAUUUAGAGAAGAAAACACUCAUAAGCGAGCGUGACAACACCUGGUUCAAAGAAUACUACGAGGCCAUUCAUAACUGUCUCGUCACGGCCUCCGAAGAGACCCGAAUCGGUGGGAAAGCUCAGUGUGAUAUACGCCAUCAGAACAUCGUGACGUCAGGGAAUUAUCUACAGGACCCGGAUAUUCUCCACGUGACUAACGCUGUGUAUGCGGCGGCAUUCGGAGUGGACUACGCAUUGAGAGAGCUCUGCGGCCAAAACUACACAGGGAUGUGCCGGCAAUUCAGGGAAAGUGAUUCUCGCCGGCGUGAGUUGAUGUUUGAAGGAGCCUUAAAAGCCCGAUUCCAAGACGAAGCUUUCGCCAACUUUCGUUUCACAGAGAAGAGAUCGGGAAACAAAGGCUACACGCUAUAUUCCAUAGAGCCAACAUCAGCAUCGGCUACGUAUAACUAUAAAGAUAUCGGUAAAUACAGCGGAACAACGUUGGACACCCGUGGUUUUCAGACGUCCUGGAACGGCAGCUGUGACCGCCAAGACACGUGCAACGAAUGUCCGGGUAUCCGGGACCAGACCACUAGGCUCCAUAUGUGGCCGGAUCCAACUGGAGCCGGGAGCAGCUGGAAGGGAGUCGUCCCGAAGAUUGUCGCUGUGUUUGACGUGCACCAAGCGCAAGAAAGCGACGAAUUCCGGUGUGGUGGGAUGAACCACAAGUCGGUGUUUGACAACGUUUUGGCUUUUAUAUACACCCUAGAUAAGUUGGUGAAUCCCGUGAAACCCGGCUUCGAAAUCGGUGGAGUUAUUUUGGAUACUUGUUCCCGAAGCGUGAAAUUGUAUCCAGAUCUCCUUGGGUUAAUUCGAGGGAACGGCUACUGUAAUACGUGGUUGAGGCAAGGGUCUGGCGUGGAUCUGGCUAACAUUAUGGGGAUCAUCUCCCACGGUGAAGACAACGCGCUGGUAGUGAAUCGAAUCUUGACUCCCAUGGCUGUGACAUCGGUGUCCCCCAACGCCGUGUCGCCCGUCCUCAGCGACUUCGACAAGUAUCCCUAUUUCCUCAGAACCAAACCGCCUUACGAUUUGGAAGGGGAGGCUAUACUGGACGUCUUACGGUCCCAGGGAUGGACGUAUAUAUCUCUGGUGUAUUCCGACGACGCCAGGGGUAGGACCAUCAGUAAUUACAUGCUGAGGAACGCUAUGGGCGAUGGGUCUUUGGAACAAGCCGUGUGUAUAGGCACCAUUCUUGUGUUAAGGGACAACGACGAACAGUCUGUGGCCAAUGGACACGUCACAACUCUGGAUGAACAAGGGAAGCGAGGUGCUAGAGUCGUCGUCUGGCUGACGUCUCCAAAACAUUCGGAAAUGAUGCUAGAGGGAAUACGAGCGAUGCGACCCGACACGAAGCUGGUGACAAUAGGCCUUCAUACCUGGGGGCUAGGGGACGAGUCUUUCUCUGCACUCGGGGAAUACCUCGUCAACGGGAUAACUCUAAAGACAUAUUCACCACAGAUUCCUGAAUUCCUGAAGUAUAAAGCUGCACUUGGGUAUGCUGAUGCCAAUCGACACGGGCUGCCUGAUGACUGGUUCGACGAGUUCUAUCAGCAUGCGCAUGCGUGUCACCUGAUGAACACUUCGGUUUCUCAAAGUCACUUGUACAAAUCACGUUGUGACAAGACAGAGAGGUUAAAUCUGGCGUCCCUUCGGCACGACCCUGACGUCUUCCACACGAUUAUCUCGACCUACACCAUGGCUACUGGGUUAAACAAGAUCUUUCAGACUUGUGGAGAUCUGUCAUUCGAACAGUGUGCACGAGAAAAUGCGAAUCUUCGCUCAGAAAUCUAUCAGCACGUCUGGGACACGAAAUGGCCGGAAAUAAUGGACACCUUGCAAAUAAGUCGAGCAGAGUUGACCAGUUACCAGUACGAGUAUCUGCCAGGACGAUAUGGAAACACCGGUUAUUUGUUGUACAGCGUCGACAAGGUUCCGGACACAGGGGAACCCUUCUUACAAAAGAUCGGUCGUUGGAACGGCACAAUACAAUUUGACCAGGAUGGCAACUAUACCGGUGUGGAUGGUCUGGUGGUGGAAUCUAGGUGUUUGUCGUGCAGAUGUAGGUUCCUGGGUGGGGAGACUGCUCCAGCUACGGGGGAGGAUAAGUGGGGUUCAAUCGUGAGGACACCCCGGAACUACUACGUUCUGGAAGAAACGGUGAAUGCAGAGGGAGCAAAAUCAUAUCGCAGGGUCAUAGAAUGGCCUGUAUGGGCCGUUGUCAUCUGUAUUCUAACCUGCAUCAUGAUUCUCAUCACCCUUAUCGUCUUCGUGCUGUUGUUGUUCCUCUAUCAGAUCCGCUCUGGAACGACGGUGCUCGGCUUCAUGCUCCUGUUGGGAAUCCUCGGUAUCUUCCUCGUCAACUUCGCCUUCUUCAUCCCGGCAAGCGCCGCAUCUUGUGGCGCCAGACGCUUCCUCAUGGGUGUCGUCUACGCCAUCUGCUUCGCAGCGCUGCUAGUGAAGGCCGUCGAUAACUGGCGCUACACCUGGCAUGACUACAGCAUAGGCAAACGAAAAUACAAAGGUGUAGCGAGCGCCUGCUCGCUGCUUCUCGUCGCUUUGACACUUGUGGCCAUCCAGAUUCUGAUCGGGAUUCUCUGGCUGGUGAUCACUGCUCCUGGAGCCACCUUGGUUAGAGUCACAACGCCGCCGCAUGACUACUGGUGGUGCAACCCUCCCCUUCUCUACGACGUGGGUCUUGUCCUUUCCUUUAUGUUCGUCAUAUUGCUUAUAUUGGCCACUAUCAUCUUCGCCACCAUCUCCUUCCUGAAGGACAUUAACCACUUCGAGUCCAGAUGGCUGCUUGCUUCCUGUUUGUGCACAGGCGCCAUCUUUGUGGCGUGGAUGAUCAUAUCGACAAUGGCGACCGCCCCGUAUCGCGAUGCAACUGUAGCCAUUGCAAAUCUUCUCAACGGGACGAUUCUGCUGAUUUUAUUCCCUCUGCGGAAACUGUGGCUUCUGUAUCAGAUAUACACUGGAAAAUACGAGACCAAAGGUAGAAAUUCCGUUCUAAACAUGUCCGCAACGGAACAUAUGGAGAUGAACGAACGAAAACGAGCAUUGGAACGUGACAGAGCGAUGGCGGCUCACCGGGCCACGCUGGCCGAACGCUCCAUGGAUCAGUCAUUCAUUCGGUCAUCCGGCAAUCAAUCAGGCAUCUACAGUCAGCCAAAGAAUGCUUACGCAGCGUCGACGCUAAACAGGUCCGCUGUGACGGAGAGCGCUGUGGCAGGAAAUCUUCGUCACCACGAGUCGGGAAGCUUUGGUCACCAAGAAGCCGGAAACCUUCGUCACCACGAAUCGGGAAGCUUUCGUCACCAAGAGACCGGACAUCUUCGUCACCAAGCAGCGGCAGCACCUUCUUUGGUCGACAUGCGCAAGGAGCAAAGAACGACAACUGUGAUGCACAAAUCGACGGAGGAGCGGAUCGACCAGAAUGAGGUUCCUGCUGCUAGGGUAGGGAGGAAAGACGAAGACCCAGAACCCGUGAUUAUCACUGAACUUGUCGAUAAGCCUGUUGAGAGACGACCAGAUGAUCAGUUUAUUCUGACUUCUCGCAAACCGCACGUUUACGAGACGGAUGUCAGAACAACGCGCGUCUACAGAGAAGACAUACCUGACACAAUCCCACCCGACCUGUCGGCGUCGUACGAAGUGGAUGAGGUGUCGUUUGAUCCUAACACUCAAUCUCAGAGGACAGAAUGGCACAGGCAUGAGACGAUAACGACAGAGGAACCAAUAAUGCUGCCAAUCAGACUGGAAGGCCCGCCCUCCAAGUCUCGAUCCUCAUCCUCAGCUUCAUCAUUCAGUUCUUCGCGCCUGGACCGCCCAUUUGGCAGGCCGCUGGAAAGUGACCUUGUCAUGAGCCAACCCCUGAUGGAAUUGGAUGGCGAGUCUCCAGUCUUGUCGAGCUUUGGAGGACCUUCGGACGGCAAGGUGGAUCGCCAAACCAAAAAGACCACCGUGGUGGAAACCGGGGACGAUGGAACGACGAAGAAAACAACCACCGUGGAGGAAACGUCGUAUUUUGAAUAUUAG